GUUUCAAUGUUUCAUCAUCAUCGCCAUCAUCUUCAGUACUGCGCUUGGAAGAGUAAGAUAGAUCCGGGGCCGGGGGACAUUAUGGAACGUGGCUUCCAUGGGUAUCGCAAGCUCUCCACUUCAAGCUCUGCCGGAUCUGAAAUCAACAUGGCAUUGUCCAAUAACAGCAGCAACAACAACAACCACAAUUCAUCAGAAGACAGCAACGAGUGCACGGUGAGAGAACAGGAUCGUUUCAUGCCCAUAGCGAAUGUGAUCAGGAUCAUGCGCAAGAUCCUUCCACCGCAUGCAAAAAUCUCUGACGAUGCCAAGGAGACAAUCCAGGAGUGUGUCUCUGAGUACAUCAGCUUCAUCACUGGGGAGGCCAAUGACCGGUGCCAACGGGAGCAGCGCAAGACCAUCACCGCUGAGGAUGUCCUCUGGGCAAUGAGCAAGCUGGGGUUCGAUGACUACAUCGAGCCCCUGACCCUAUACCUCCACAGGUACAGGGAGCUCGAAGGAGAUAGGGGCUCGCUGAGGGCGGAGUCCCUUGUGAAGAGGACCGCCGUGGACUAUGGAGCUACACCCUUGGGUGUCGCAGGUUUCGCUAGGGGAUUUCAUGUGGGACAUCACCACCACGGGUACUAUGGUGGCUCUCCGAAUAUGGCUGGUGGAUAUUUCAAGGACGUGAACGGUACCGAGGGCUCGUCCCAGGCUGCACUGGCGGGUAGGGAUGCCCAAGCUCAGUGUAAAUGACCUGACGCGGAGGCCGCCACGGCUGAUAAUGUGGAGUGCUGACCUGACUUGGGUGCAGUUAGGGCUGUGUGCAGAGGAGGGAAAAUAGUGUGAUUGGGAAAGUGAGUUUUUGCUGAUCCUAUGGAAUAGGAAAGAAUAAUUUGUGCCUACAUAAGCCGUUCUACUCAACUAAAUGCAAUUUCUAUUUUUUUAAAAUUCUAAUUAAUUUUUGCGGGGUGCACAGUGCA